CUAACACACAAGUAAAAGUCUUAUAGUUACUACCAGAAGAAGUAUGAGAGUUAUCAUGGUGGCUGUGUUGGUGUUGGCGAUUUCUUUGCUCGUGCUUAUGUCUCCCUCCUCCUCUUUUGCCGCUACAGGAGGAGGAGGAGGACGGCGAUUAGGGUAUCCUACGAGAGUGAGCACCACUCCAGAUGCAGGAUCGGGGUACGAGGCGAAAGUGGGUUCAAACAUUUUGUACUGUGAGCAUCAGUGCCACGGCUGUACUCCUUGUGUCCCGGUGGUCGUCGUCCCCGGUCCACCGUCGUCGAACGUGGCCGCCGGCAGUGGGAAUAAUGAAGAAGGCUAUACGCAGUACGAGCCAGUGGUGUGGAAGUGCGAAUGUAGACCGACGGAUGAUGGCGGGAUGGCUUGAUUUGGAGUACCG